AUGCCAUCCGACUCAAGUAGUAGUGAUCUUGAAGAACUGGGCGUUAAUUUGAAGGAAUUCGCCAAAAAAAGACAAUCCAGGCUAGGAAUUGCAAGGACUGGGCAGAACCAUACAGGGCCUACACCCCAUGUUGGUGAUAUUCCAAGUGAGCUGGAGUAUGAUACUUUGCUCCGUUGUGCAAUGAUGGUCCUGAAAAAAGGAAAGGAGUUAGGGGAGUCUACAAGAAUCAAGCUUCCUUUGGAUGUAAAGAGAGAGGCACGAAAGACAUCUAUCAAUAUUGCCGAGGUGUCUGGUGUUUUGAACAGGCCUGUAGAUCAUCUUGUAAGCUUUCUAUGCAGUGAGUUGAUGACGACGGGGUCCGUAAACAAGGACGGUAAGCUUCUUCUCAAAGGGAUGUUUAUAAGAUCGGAAGUCCAGGAAGUUCUUAGGAGGUAUAUCGAGCACUUUGUUGUAUGUAAAAUAUGCGAAAGUGUUGAGGACACUGAUAUUGUAAGAGAUAAGAGGCUUUACUUCUUGAAAUGCUCCAAAUGCGGAGGUGCAAGAUGCGUAGGCAAUGCGGUGGAGGGAAUAACUACCAAGGGAAAGGCAAAGCCUCAGCUUAGAGGAAUGCUAUAG